AUGGCUGUGGGUAAGCUGACAUUCACAAAGGCAGAAAGAGAGAAGCUAGCUGAGGUCCUCUGGAUGCUCAACUGGAUCUCUGUGGUAACGGGAGCGAUUCUCUUAAGCCUUGGCGUGUUCCUCAAAGUAGAGAUCCAGAAAUGGCAGGAAGUGAUGUCAGAGCAUGGGAUCCACUAUGUGCCAAACACUCUGAUCACCACAGGCCUUGCCGCCUGCUGCAUCAACUUCCUGGGAGGGAAGAUCUGCCUGGACUGUACCGACACCAACAAGUUCCUGCGCUGGAAGCUGGUGAUGAUGCCGUACGUCAUCUGCACCUUCUUCUUCACUUCCUGCGUCCUGAUGGGGGCACUCAUGUGCUACAUCAUCCGCAGCCAGCUGGAGGAAUCUCUGUUGUUGGGUCUGAGGAACGCAAUGCGCUACUACAAGGACACGGACACACCGGGUCGCUGCUACCUGAAGAAGACCUUAGACCUGCUGCAAAUCCAGUUCCAGUGCUGUGGGAACUCAGGGUACCGGGACUGGUUCCAGGUCCAGUGGAUCAGCAACCGCUACCUGGACAUGACCAGCAGCCUUGUAGUGGAGUAGGUAGAGCUUAAACUAGAAUACACUCACACAAGUAUGUACACUACAGGCCAAAAGUUUGGAAGCAAGGCCAUUACAGGCUGAACAGUUGGAAGUAACUUCAAGUUUUUGUUCACAAUGCUUUUUUUAAAUCCAGCAUGAGUUUUAUGUAUUUUGGGAUGUAUUUACUCCAUGAUCAGAUGUUGCUUUCAUGGAAAUGCACCAUUUUACUCCAUUUACCUUAGAUAUACAUUGAUGUUAACAGACCAUUGCUAAAUAUAUGUCAGCAAAAGAUAAUAAGGACUUUGUUUUAGAGUUGAAAACAUUUGCAAGAGUCACAACUUCAGUGCAAAAGCAAAAAAACAAAUCACAGUUGGAUUAUUCACUUCAACUUUCUGGCAUUUGAGAGCCUGCAUACAAAAAUCCUAAUAAAUCUUAACUGCGUUCAAAGUACUGCAAAAAUGGCUAGAAAGAAGCAACUGAGUAAAGAAACAAAAGUACAGAUUUGUACAUUGAGGAAGGAAGGAUACACAGAAAGAGAAAUUGCAAAACGCCUAAAGGUGUUUAACAAAGGAGUCCACUACACUCUGAAGAGACUAGAGGAACCUGGAAGUUAUGAUGAUAGAAAAAGACCUGGACGAAAGAGAGUUACUACAAAAGCAGAGGAUAAACAUAGUAUUGUCACCAGUAAGAGAGAUCGACGAAAGACAGCACCAAAAACAAGGUAGGAAAUCAACAUGACAAGGUCAAAACCCAUAUCUCUGACAACGGGGAAAUGGCUGGUUUGAAGGGUUGUGUAUCUGCAAAAAACACUACUUCGUCCACAGAACAAGAAAAAUUGAUAUGAGUGGGCAAAAGCUCACAAAAAUUGGACUUAUGAUGACUAGAAACAACUUUGCAAUGUUUGGUUCAAAACGCAGAGUCUAUGUCCGCUGACAAACUGGUGAACGUCUGAAAGCACCAUGUGUUACACCCACAAUUCAGCAUGGAGGUGGUAGUUCCAUGGUAUGGGGAUGUUUUGCAGGUGAUGGAGUAGGAGAUUUGUUUGAAAUAAAGGGUAUCAUGAAGAAGGAACAGUACCGCUCCAUCCUCCAGCACCAUGCUGUUCCAUCUGGACUCAGACUUGUGGCUCACAAGUUUGUUUUGCAGCAAGACAAUGACCCUAAGCACACUGCCAAGCUCUGUCAGGGUUACCUAGACAAAAAAGAAGAGGAAGGUGUUCUUCAAAAGAUGGUUUGACCCCCUCAGCCUCCAGACCUCUCUCCAAUUGAGCUUGUGCGGGAUGAAUUGGAUCGAUCGGUCAGAAAAAAUGCGUCCCACGAAUCAGCAGUCUCUUUUUAAUGAACUUAAGAAAGCUUGGAAUGCAAUCCCUGGAACAUACUUUAAAAAACUUGUGUAACGAAUGCCUGGUAUAUGCCAAGCUGUUGUUAAAGCCAGAGGAGGUUACUUUAAAGAAAGCAAAUUCUAAGCAACAAUAACUCAAAUACCUAAUAAUUGUAGUCAAAAUGUCUUCUGAUAAGUUACUCUUUACACAAUUGUGUUGCAAAUUGUAUAUAUGAAAUUAUGAUCUUUUUUUGUACAAAUCUGAUCUUGCUUCCAAACUUUUGGCCUGUAGUGUACAUCCAACAAUUCAAUGCACAUACUCUCACAAAUAGUAGAGGAUCUGGAUUCUGGUGGAUCCCAAAGUUUCUGAAUAAACCUGUCCACAUGCAGAAAAAAUGAAAGUUUGAGGAAACACUAACAUAAUUGCAGAUGGUUAUUACUGUUCACAUGUAUUGCACAUGCCCAAGAUAACUGGUUAGGUCUCCCUGAUACAGUUGGGUUUAAACCAUAGACUGUAUAUUCUAUGGACAACUUGGUUCCGCCUUCCGCCAGAAUAUGGAUUUGAAGCCAAAAAGCUCUCAGUAAUUCAGCGUUUUCUCUCUGCGCAAUAGUGUUGUACGCACCCCACCACUUGCGCAAUAGCAUUGUGCGCAUUCAGCGGGAGAGUCACCGAGAGUCACUGUGAUGACGCUCGGCUUAAACAGCGUAUCCCCCGGGUGAGCUACGCAAUCUUCGUAUGCCCAUAGGCUGGGGGGGGGGGGGGUAUGUUGGUGGGAUUUAUGACCUAUACUGCAGCCCAUCACCAGAGGGUGCUGUUCUCGGAGUGGCUUCACCCAGCGAGGAGGCAGACACUGUCCAUUCUAUAUACAGUCUAUGGUUUCAAUGAAUGAUUAUGAGGAACUGAAAAACAUGCAUGAGCGCCAUGCUCUCCUUUGGUGUUUUUAUGUGACACAGUCUGUACAUUUACUUGUUGUUCAAGAAAUUAGUUUAUUGUGUCACUCCAUCUGAAACUUGACUUUUAAAAACAUGUAAACACAUUAGUCCAACUGAAAUCGCACUGAACUGACAUUCAUAGACAUAUUACCAAGCCUAGAUAGUGCACUUUUGUGCAAUAAUACAGUUUGUGCAAUACUUUCAUAUUGAACAAACUGCCCAGAACAGUAAAAGUGACAGUGUUUAUCUUUCGAUGUUCAUCCCGUUAGCCUCUUGCCGACAUGUCUUGUUGAUUGUUUUGAUAAAUAACAGGUCAACCAGGAGAUGACCUCAGUAGUAAGUUCUGCUUGGGUAUUAGAUUCAGAACAUCUCAGGAGACCUGCUCCACUGCCCUUGGAUCUGAUUCAUGUUAAAAACUGCUACAGUUUCCCCGAGCGCCCCCUUCUCUGUUACAGAAGAUUGUAAACACAGAACUCUUAGAUUAAGGCCACUGGUCCACCGCAAAGAGAGGCUUCUGGGGUCAAAGGCUGUGCGCUUAAUUAGGCUUAAAGUACAAGGUUCAACUCAGGUAGGAGAUACUUAAUAUAACCUGUCUGCAGGAUUUACUCCGUCUGAAAUGGGAGUAUAAAAAGUACGGUAAUUUCUAACCACUAUCUCUUUUUUUUUUUUUUUUUUUAAUUUAUUUUUUAAUUUUUUUAUUUAACAACAAAACAGAGUGACGACAACAACAGAAACAACAACAACAAAAAGAUAAAAAAAUAAAAAAUUUACAAAAAUACUUUUGUGAGGGAGGGGAGGGGGAAGGAAUUUAUAUCAUAUGUAAAAGAGAAUUUAAAAUGAAAAGAAAAAAAAAAUCUUAAUUGGAUUACAUUGGAAUAUCUAUAUAAUAAUAAUUAUAUGUAUACAUAUACAUACACAUGCAAACAUACAUGCACACAUACAUACACACAUAUACAUAUAUAUAUAUACACAUAUAUACCCACACACCACUACCUCUUUUUAAUUCACCAACCUCAGACUGUGUGUAAGGCUCAGAAACUGUAAUGAGGGCCCCAGAUAUGAUGGCUAUGGUUGUCAUCACAGCAUAGGGUUGUUAGUUCUAGUAGUAAUUGCAAUAGUAGCCCUGGUAGUACUUCCAGCAGUGUUUUGGUAGUUGUCCUGGUAGUGGUUUUUGUGGUUGUUUGAGUUAGUGUUCUUUGUUGUACUAUUGUGGUGGUUUUGGUAGUAGCCUGAUCAUGUUUUUGUGGUGGCUUUGGUAGUUGUCCUGGUAGUAGUUUGGGUAGUGUUUUGCAGUAGUUUUGGUAGCAGCUUUGGUGGCGUUCUGGUCGUGCUUUUAGUGGUAGUCCAGGUAGUGCUUUAGUCUUACUUUAAAGGUAGUUUUUGGUAGUGGUCUCACGAGUAGUCCUGCCAGUAGUUUUGGUGGUGUUUUUGGUGGUAGUUGUAUUCUUCUAACAACAAACCUGCUCCUCCCUGCAGUCGUCUCAGGAGUAACGUUGAGGGUCGGUACCUGAUGGAUGGCGUCCCCUUCAGUUGCUGCAGCACCCUGUCCCCACGGCCGUGCAUCCAGUAUCACAUCAGCAACACAUCAGCCCACUUUAACUAUGACCAGCAGAGCCAGCAGCUCAACCUGUGGAGGAGGGGCUGCAGACAAGCCCUGAUGGACCACUACACAGGCAUCAUGCAGUCCAUAGGCCUCACUGUGCUGCUCAUCUGGCUGUUUGAGGUAUUGACCCCAAACCCCUCAAAGGUUCUGAAGAAAACCAUCAACCCCAAGCACAAUCCUAACCAACUCUGUCCUGUCCUCUGUGUGGGGGCUGUGUUUAGCUCCAGACGGUGUCUGUGUGUUUGUUUGUGCUGAGGGAACAUUAAGAAUUUAAUCUGUUUCUAAGAAAGACAACUGAACCUAAGGAGUCCACCAAGUCUACAAUUGGAAUCAUCACAACAGUGCUCGUACUGUGUUUGGUCUUUCUCCUCAAUGCUGACCUCUGCUCUGUUUGUUUUCUCACAGCUGCUGGUCCUGACAGGGGUCCGUUACCUGCAGACGGCCAUGGAGAAUGUGAUCCGGCUUGGCGAUCCAGACUCAGAGUCUGAUGGUUGGAUCCUGGAGAACAGCCUGGCAGAAACAGCUCGCUCCAACUUCAACAUCAUUAAGAACCUGGGCAAGUGUUACCAGGUCGACGAUGACGACCCCAACAUCAAUGUCCCAACCGCCACUACCGAGCAGGAGGUGCCAUCCCGCCAGGUCCAGAUCCCUGUGACCAGUUAG